GUCUGACGGAUCCAGCUGCACUGGCAACGAGCAGGAGAUCGAGAUGCUUCGCAAGCAGCUCGAGGCCAAGGACAAGGAGCACGCGGCGUACCUCCAGGACAAACAGCGUCGCGAGCGCGAGCUUGAGCUUCGCAAGCAGGGUGAGUUCGCGGCCUCGGCACUCAAGUCGGCCUUCGCCAGCCAGACCUACGAGCUCCGCAGGGGCCCUCGCACCUGCAGGCUGCCCGCCUUCGCCGCCAGCCGCCUGCCGUCACCUACGCGCGCGACAUCGACUGUAGUCUCGCGCUCGGAGUUAGGCUGGAUCAAGGCUGCCGCGGGCGCGAAGGCGAUGACCCCUGAGAAAGGCGCCAGGGGGGAUAUCCUGACUGCAGUGGCCAAGGCCCUCUUGUCAGACAAGCACGCCGCGGGCCCGGCCAGCCACGUCGUCCUUUCGCGCGUCCCCCGCAAGCAGCUCCCAGGCUCCUAUCAGGACAAG